AUGAGACGAAUCCACGUGGAGAAACAAGCAGAUCCUGAGCAAGACGGUCAUGCAGCUACGCAAGAGUGCAGCAUCGUCCCGCCGAACAAUGUGAAAGCGCGCGCCGGGGUCCUGGGCGGCAGGGAAGUCGCCAACGGCGCCGAGGAGGGCAGGGGGCAGGGGGGCAGGGCAAGGGCAGGGCAAGGGCAAGGGCUACGAGGGGGCAAGCGCGAAGGACAAGAGGGCAAGGGCAAGGCAAGGGCAAGGCAAGGGCAAGGCAAGGGCAGGUGCGAGCCUGGUAGCCUGGGAGCCUGGUACCGAGCGGGCAGGGGGGGUGCUGGGUGCGCGACGCUGCUUGCUGCGCCGUUCAAAGAAGGAACCGCCCUUGUGCCAUGUCUUGGGACGGUGGUAGCAACAGGAACUGCUCGUGACCGGCCGCCAAUCAGCCCGCGCCUGCGACUGCAACGACACCGACCAGGCCCAGGAGAGUGCGAAGGGGCGAGCUAUAUGCCUGCACUCGACGAGCACCAUCACCACUCGCCCAUACCGGGUGCUACGACUAAGUACCCUCUUAACUCCCACUACACUACACUACACUGCACUACACUACACACCCAGCAUGACGGCUGCUGCAGUGGCCGACUGUCCAUCGGACGGAUGGUUGGACUGGCUGACUGGCUGACUGACUAA